AUGCUUGAUACCGGUGCUGCUAUUUUGCUGCCGCCGCCCUCCAACUCCUGAGUUCUGACUGAGCCCUAAGUAGAAUAGAAUAGAAAAGAGUGAGAGAUUUUGUUGCGUGAAAAAUAACACCUUUGGCUGACAGCAGCAAGCAAAGCAAUGGGGAAGAAAGGAGGAGAGGUAGGCAAAGUAGAAGGAACGAAGGAAUCAAGCAAAGAAGGGGAAAAUCUUCUGGGGCCACCGAGCUUCAAGGAGCUGGAGAAUGGGCGGUUCAAGUGCGUGGAGACCGGUCACGAGCUGCCGGCCCAUGCCAGAGACUCCUAUGCUCAGACCAAGCACUGCCGCUUGGGCCUCAUCGACGCCGCUCUCUCCAGUAACAAACCCCCUCUCAAUAUGUUCCGUCACGAUCCUCUGUCCCGUUCGAAGCUAAUCUGCAAGCUAACGGGCUUUACUAUCAACAAAUCAGAAGAGCAUAUAUGGAAGCAUAUUAACGGCAAACGUUUCCUCAACAUGCUAGAAAAAGUGGAAUUAGGACACAGCAUAACAAAUGGAGCGAUGGAGAAACAGGAUGACAGUCAAAAGGCAGAGAAGAAAUCAAAGGUUAAGGAUGAUGGUUUGAAGAAAAAGGAGGAGAAUCGGGAUAAGACUGUUGUUGAAGUUAUCUCUGAAGCAAGAAAUGUUUCCGAGAAGGACAGUGAGUCAGAGGAAGAAGAAGAUUUCUGGAUGCCACCACUGGGAGAACGUUGGGACAAUGAUGAUGGAGGUGAUAGGUGGGCCUCUGAUCCAGAGUCGGGGCCAGAAAAUGAUGAUGCUGAUGGAGAAGGAACCGAAGAUGAUAAACAGGAAGCAGUGGAGCUUACUAAACGGACAAAGAGAAUGUCCUUGGAAAUAGGACCAAAUAGCUUUGCCUCGAGAAAGAAGAAGAAGAAGAUCGGAGAUGCAUGAUAAGAGUUUACAACCUGGGCUUUGAUGCUUGGUGUUGAAAUUUUCUUGCCCGGUUGAGCAAAUUGUACCAUUUAGUUCAAUUUUUCCUAGAGAUCAAGCUAUAAUAUAGCAGCAGCAGACGGCCUUCUUUGCAAUGUUAAGGGAAACGUUCUCUCUCUUUUUUCUUUUUUUUUUUUCCUUUUUCUCAAAACAGUUAUAAAGAAAUCAAUAGAAAGGGGUUGUAGCGUCUCUGGUAUAGUUAUUGCAGUAUGCACAUUCACAUC